AUGUGGUCAUACCUUGAGCCCGUGUCCACCAUCGACGAGUCGAUCGUUGGAGAGUUCUGUACGAAUGGUUUGCUGCGUAUCAAAAGUGAAACCACGGUGCUCAAAACGCCCAAAAUCAGCGGGAUACUGCAGAACGGACGACUGAUCAUAUCGAUCGACAGAGCGUUGAUCCUGUAUCCGGACGAAAAACGGUGCAACGAUGGCAACUUCCUGGACGUUACCCAUUCCGUGGAAGCGAUCGCCGUGUCGACGAGUGGGAACAUAAUCGUUAGCGGCCUCUUCGAUGGCACAAUUCUGGUACUGCACAUCAGUGGCAUCACCUUGUUCUCAUUCAAAAUCGACCCAAGCGAUACGGCGAAGGAUGAUAACGGGGUAACGUUUGCCGGGAUUGCGGAUGAGGGCAAUGGUAGCUACCUGAUCCAAGUAGCUCUUGGCUCGUUGUACCGAGUAACGGUGGAUGAGGCAAAGAUUGUACGUCAGCUCGCGACCAUCAGCCCGGAGCAGCAGGACUCCUUGGCUGGUAUGUUGCCUGAUUGUGUGAGCUGCGAUCGAUUGGUGGGAAAACACUUCGGAGUACCAAUCAAAUGCUUCAUACCGAUGCGCCAAGCGGAACUGUUCGCUUCUCCACUGAUCGCUGCCGCCAACAACGAGACGGUGUACUUCAUUCGAGACGAAUACCUAGAGAGAGUGCUACUUAAGCCGGAGUAUGGUGGCGUGAAGAAGAUGUACUCGCUGAUGAAUUUAAACUUUGCACUUACCAACAAUGGACAAAUCUUUGAAAUCUGUCCUUUUACGAAGCUCGUCUCUGAGCUGCAGUACUCCUUUCGCAUCGAUGAUCUCGUCAUUUUGGAGGCAUCACUGGAUGUAAUUGAAAUGCUGAUCAUCACCAAGACCGACGCUGAGGGUCGUAAGUUGAUGAAGAUCGUCAAUUUCCCUUCCAUGGAGCUGAAGCAGGAGAUGGAAAUGUCGGAACACACGUGGUUGGUGCAACAACCGAAGAAUUCGGCCAACAUUUACUACAUCGUCGGUCAUACGCAUCGGGAGCCGGUGGUGCAGGAGAUCGAGUUGAAAAUACUGUCGGAAACCGAUCCAUCGCAGCGGUUGGUAAAGCUGAUCAAGAUCGGUCGACUAGACGAGGCGGAAGUGUUCGCAUGCCAGUUCGGGCUCGAUGUGCAGCUGGUUCAUCAGGCCCGCGCUAAGGCGCUACUGGGUGAGCUCUCGACAUCUGGCGACAUCGAGACGACGUUCGCCAAGCUGAUGGCCGCUCUGGCCAACGUAAACGAUCACGCCUUUCUGAUCAGUAUACACGACACCCCGAUCAGUGAUAGGAACAUGAAGAGACGGUUUCUUCAAUUUCUACUCACCAAACUCACAGCUACGGAGGGGCCGGAAAUGGAAUCGGUGAUUGAAAUCAACGAGAGAAUGCUGCGCAUCGAAACUCUGAAACUAAUCGACCCGUAUGAUAUCGAUCAAGACUGGCAGCAGUUCGUGUACCAUGAUAAUCUACCCCAGCUCUGUACCGAGCUCUUUCAAAAGGACAUGGAUGCGGCCUGUCUUAUCUGGUCGCGGCACAUCGCCUGCAUCCUACCGCAGUUGGAUGAGGUCAAGGUAGCGGCCCUUCUAGGGCGCAUCCCGAAGGAAACCUCGCCCCUGCACCUCGUCCAAUGGUUGCUGCACUUUGUCAGCCCGAUACUGCACCAUCAUCCGCAGAUGAUGCAUCUGCUGGUGCAGUAUAUUAUCGAGAAGACGAAAUCGUAUCAAAAGCUCGCUACCUGGCCGAUGGUGGGCCUAACGUUCAUCGAGGAUGUCAUCAAAAUCCUCGAAGACGUUCAGUUUCCUCUAAUCGAUCUGCGGCUGCAGUACAACAGCAACAUGGACGAAUUGCAGCGGUUGGCGAGCGCCUUGCGAGAUCUGGUAACGUUGAAGCAACAGUUCAAUCUGCAAGCGAGCCUCGAUUGCUACAUGCACGAGGACAUCGAAAGUACGGCCGUUCGACUGCUACAGAUUACGCCGCUCAACCUGCUCAACCGCAUCGUCACCGAGUUUCUGAGCAAAUUCUUCAUCGGUAAAGAGGCAUCCCUGUACCAGCAGAUCGUACGGUACAUUCGGUUUCUGCUGGCAAACCAGUACAGCAGUUUCUGGGAUCAACGGUGUAUUACGCUGGUGGAGCUGCUAUACGAUGAGCAGCAACAGAUGGAAACGGUACUGGCCAUUCUGAAAGCUGCUCCGGUACCAUGGUCUCCAACGAUUGCUUCCCUGAUGAAGUAUGCUGCCUGCGAUCAUCCGAUCGCGGAGGAGAUCGUUAUGGCGCAAAACUCCCAGACCAUCAAGUGCUUGCAGAUGAAGUAUGGCUGGAGCGUAAAGGCACAGUACGAUCCUAGGUUGCUAGUGCAGCGGGUCCUCACGUUGCACAAACCGGAGAUGCUUACCGAUAUCGAGACGAUCGUGCGAACCACACCGGCCCUAGCCUUUUUUACCGAUCUAAACGUGAUCGCUAAGUUAGCCGAGGCCGGUGAAGGAAUCGUCGCAGCCAAGUAUCUAGACGGACUCGAAGAGACACGCAAAGCGGCCUGCUGCCAAGGCGCCAUUGGCAUGAUGAUCAAUAUGGUGGAUGCUGGCAACACACUAGCAAUGGCUUACCUAGAAAUACUGCAAAUGCUGAAGCACCGAGCCGAUCCGGAGCAACAGAACGCGAUCCAGCAAAUCGUGCACAUCAUGCAGCUUCGUAACGAGUUUGGGCUCAACGUAAAUCCUCAGGCUCUAGGCAACACAACCAGCCGAAAGGAAUUGCUGCUCUCUGGCAUCCGAUUCAUUCUGAGCAAAAUUCAACACAAAUCUGAUCAAUUUCUCGAUCUUUUGGUCGGUGCCGUGCGGCGGCUGUCGUCAUAUCUUGACUACAAUCUACUCGACAGUCUGUACGAAGUCAUGCUGAUGCUUGAUAAUAUACACAUGAGUUGUUUUCUGGCGGCCCAACUACCCGAACUAACGGAUUUACGCCAAACUGAAGCGUUCCCAUCGAUACACCGUAUCGUUUCGCUACUUUUAGCGCAACAAAUCCGUCUACUGCACGACGAUGGAUCCUCGGGGUGGAUUGAAGAUCCUCUCACGUUUCCGAUCUGCCGUGAGCUGCUUUACCAGAGUGCAAGCGAAUGCACGAAGGAUGUACAGAUUCGGUUGGAGCUGCUCCGCUGGAUACACAUCGGUGUGCGCUUCUAUCCAAUGGGAUACCUGCGCAAAAAUCUUAUCAACGAAUCGCAACGGGUUGCACUGCAUUCGCUGCUCGAGUUUUACUAUUUCACGAUCGGCCAGGAGGUGAAAUCGGUCGAGGAGCGUAAGGAGCGGCAACGAUACACGCUGUUCCAUGAGCUCUGCCGGCUUGAUCCUUCGCUGAAGGCGAAGAAGUCUUUCGUGUUCCACUCGCAGGCUGAUCUGAUGAAGGAGCUGAAGCACAAGGUGAUCAGUAUCGAUUUAUUGCGCAAGAUGAGCGAUGCGUUCAACUGGGAGUACCAGCAGAUGCUGGUUUCACAGAUACUGACGUUCUUCGGCCAGCAGGAACCCUCGUUCACUGUACAAAUGGAUGCGUAUGGCCGGGAGAAGGUUGUCAUACACGACAAACCGGAAGCGAUGAUGGCCCGCUUGUCACCGUAUCUGGCUGAGGUUGAGAAUGCGGUCAUGCUCUGCUCGAAGCUUACCAAGUACAUGGAACACGCGAACGGGUACUUCUACGAGCAGUUCUUCUGCAUCUUUGACAUACUGGCUCAGUUCAGCGAGGUCAGCGAUGAGAUUCGCAUAUGGCGUAAUAUUCUGAGGUUUAUGCAGGAACAUCUAUCUGGCCGACGAAGGCAGCGACCCGGGCAACUCGAGCAGGAAGCGUGGAUGCGUGAGCAUCCCGAUGGUGAUAUGCUGCCCGAAAUUGCUAAAUAUCGCUAUCCAUUCAUGCUGAUCGUGCGCCAACCGCUAAAGCAGCUACUGAAGGAGGAAAUUGCGAUCGAUAACUACCAGAAGCUGCUCGUAUUGGUCGAAAUGAAGUGUGCGCUCGAAGGUUUCGAUUGCAACGAAAUGAACGAUAACUUCUGCAAAUCGGCUGUCGUGAAUUCGAUCAAUGAGUACAAGAUACAGAACAAGGAAAUGGCGUUGGCUCACAACGAUUGGCAUCGGCAAGCCAAGAAUAAGGCGUUCCUUCAAUCGAUACUGCGCAUCGUGGACAGCAUCAAGGACCUUAGCUCACGGCUAUUCAUCCUGUACUACAUCACCUGCAACGCAUCAGACGGUGAUGAUCAAGUGAAUGCUGCCUAUGCCUGUUAUACGUUCGCUCGCAAGCACGAAACCGAGCUGGCCAGUAUGCCGGAAGCGAAGGAAAAACUGGAGAAAAUUUUCCGCAAAUAUCCGUUGCUGAAGACGCAACAGCUGCUUCAACAGAACGGUGUAACGGAGGAGAAGCAGUUCCAGCUCGUGCGCAAUCCCCACGAGCUCAUCAUGGCACUGUACAGCGACUCUUGCUUCCAGCAGGUAAAAGUCAACGAACUGGUCAGCGUAAUCGGAGAACUGUAUGAGCUCGACAUCGAGGGCAUACAGAUGCAGCUACUGCAGAAAUGGCUCACCAUAUUUGGCGGUACGACUUCCGAGAAUUCGGCCAGUAUGCUGGAAGAAACACUGUACGAUGAUCACAACAUGUCCGACGCCAGCCAGGAGGAUGAGGAAGGUGUGCAUGAAUAUAUGAAGCGGGCGUACUAUAUCCUCAGCAGUUGGGAGCGCUCUAAGAGUGUUGAGUUUCUGGUGGCGCAACUUAACACGAGCACCGACGGUGUGUCAUCGGACGUGGGCAAACAGCUGCACAUUUACCAGUGCUUCAGCAAGCUAGUCGACGAAGAAUGCAAUCCCUACCAGACAUUCUUCACGCAGCAACGCUACGUAGCACUGAAGUGUGUACAUCUACUGAAAUCGCUUGGCCUGGGCAAUCUAUCAAUCGCCAAGUUCGAAGAAACGGACAAGAUGGCACUGCUGAAGAUGCUGUGGCAAUCCCACGCGAGCAACCCGAAGGGCCUAGAGGUAAUAGCGUUGAUCUGUAUCGGCUACAACAUCUAUCUACCGCAAAUAUGGAAUGGCAUACUGAAGCAAAUGGCACGGCUUGGUAUGGUCGCCAACUUGCGGGCACUAAUCGACAUCGUUACGGCCAAGCGACAGCUGUUCGGGCUGGAGGGAUAUCGUAUGGCCUGGGAGCUACUCAUCGAGCAACCGUUCCGCAGUGCUAGCCGAGAGCAGUCACUGGCGGAGGAUGCUUUGCUGGCCCGUUCGUUGGUCAUGGUGCAAAGGUGCCCGAUCUCGUUCCGGUUGAACCUGCUUGAAAUAGCCCGCGAGUGCGUCACCGUUAAUCGGGUUAAUAUGGCGGCCGUGUUAAUUGGUUUUGCGGACAGUGAACAAAAGGAAACACUGAAAAAGUUGAUAGCCAACAAUGCCGUGCCCAAUCUGAAGGAUCAGAUUCAAGAACUCGAAGAGUUCGGUCUUGUCACCACCAUUACAAAGGCUGUUUGCAGUGAGCUUAGUCUGCGCGAUAUGCCUCUUCAAAACGGCACUUCGAAGAGACGUGCGGAUUGA